AUGGAAGAUGUGAACUCCGCAUUUCAAACUGUGGUUUCCAAAUUGACCAGCUGGGCCAUCAGUUUGACCAAUUGUUGUUGGCGGUUUUUGGAGAUUCACUGGAUCAAAGUAGUCGCUUUGGCCAUUGUGCUAAAUGCUGUAAAUGAAGUCGCGGCCCCUCAUUUGAUUUCGCUAGUUCUGAUGGUCAUUUGUUUUCCAUUCCCGUAUCUGCAUGGAUUUUUGGCCACGAUCAUGUUUGUCUGGACAGGAUUGCAGAUUCUAUGCAAAAUGUGUUUCCAGUUGAGUUUUGUUCCGAGCAACUUAACACUACCUUGCGAUAUGGUGUCACACAACAAUAGCCAGAUGGAUAAUCCAGCAUGGAUCGGUCUCACCAAAGUGAACGAUUUCUACCACUACAGUUUGCCGAUGGGUGUCCUUAUGAUUGUGUGCGUGUGCUGGCAUGCGAUCGCUUAUCGCCAACGUCAGUUUUACAGCGAUCCGUACCACAUUCGUCCCCGAGAAGGAAUUGUGUUCCCGCAAGUUACCAUUAAUUCGAUGGGUUAUGAUUUGCUCAAUGUGGUCAAAUUUGCUGUGAAUUACGGAUUCUAUAAAUUCGGACUGGAGUUGUGUUAUGGUAUNGCUUGCCUGCGUGCGGAUGCCUUCAGCGUGCUCUAUUUGCUUCUGAUGCUCAUCUUUCUGUUCACGCCACGUGAAGUGUGCGCUCGAUUAUGGCUUCCGUAUAUGGCUAUUCUGGCUGCUUUGAUUCCUAUACAGUACGCUGGAUGUGUGGGGCUUCCACCUGGGCUAUGUUUAACGGAUUUUUUCCAGUUCGCAGCUGUGGCACUUCAGUACCACGUGUUCAAAAUUGAACAGCGACCAGAUGCAGAAAGUUAUGGCGGAGGUCCAAAUCGGCCGGUCCUUGCGAACAAUCCUCCCGGUGAAGACGAAAGAGAUUUUGUUAGUUCAAAAGAAUCCUACCUGGAUUACAUGCGUCACGCAGUGUUCUACUGGUCCUAUUGGGUCAGUUUGGCGAUUGUGUUAGCGACCGGAGUGACGUGGAUAACACUGUUCUGUCUGGGCUACAUGAUUUUGAGUUUCAUCUAUCUCUGGAUGGGCCAGAACGUGAUGCUUCUUUACGAUGAAGAGUGCAUCACCGUGUCCAGUGGACUUCAUUGGGAUGUGAUCUGUUUCCUGUUCAUUCUAUUCCAACGCAAAGUGUUCAUGACUCGCAGUUUCAGUCACGUUGUACUGGAUUUGAAUGUACAGAGCCAAUUCGCUUCACGCGGUGCAUAUCUAAUCAAUCGAAAACUGAUGCUAGUGAUUAGUGAACAAGCAGCGCGGGAGCAGCGUUCUUUGGAAAAAAUACGUGAAAAAUUGGAGGUUAUCCAACGCCGACAGGCCGCUCUGGGACGAAAUACAGCCAAUAUCAAUGAGCAUUAUAUCAUGCUACGAUCUGGUGAUUAUUACUUGUUCGAGGGUGAUCCAGAGGAAGAUGAUGUCCACCUGAACUCAGGGAAAGAACAGUCCUCCCCAUCUGGUGGAGAAGGUACUACACGAAGACCGGAUUCUUCGUCGGCCACAAGCUCUCGAACUAGACGAUCAUUAGUAACUGCUUCAAAACGUGGCACGAUUCACUUUAAUGUGAAUCAAGUUAUACCACAUAGCCAAUCGAAUGAUCCAAUGCCUGCCACAUCGCGCACAUCGGACCCGCUGGGAAAUGCACUAUCCUCCUUAGAUCCUUUGGCUCGCCCGUCUCCAGGUCUGAAUUUCCAGCAGCUUCACCUGUUUGGGGCAUUACCUAAUGUAGAGCCUUCUGUGGUUGGUUUACUGGCAAACUACACGGAUCCGUAUAGCACACCCAGACCGGAUAAUUCCAGCCACACAGAUAUCAGUAAUAACAACCCACGGGCUUUGGGCCACAGACGAAUGCGUUCUCAUCCAGAGUAUCUUCGUCGACAUUUUGCCAGUCCUCCUACUUCUCCACCAUCUGAACUACCUAGUGAACGUCGACCCUCAACUACUUACCUGCAUGUCGUCCCACACCAACUUCGCUCGGUGCAUACUUCACCCACGCAGUUGGUCGACCAAGUGAACACAGGUCGUACCCCUGCUCGUCAGAUGCGUGCCAUGGAUGCCUCUGAACGUCGUCGAGUACAAAGAUUGUCGGAUGCUAUAAACCCAGCUGUCCAAAGUGUAAAAAGGAAGCCUCAUCAGACCCACCGACGUCUGUUUUCUGCUUCUGGAGCACUCGGGGUUUCUGGGUCCUGUUCCGGUGCUGCCUUGGAUCCCUCGAUCCGUCUGACCAAGCGUCAAGUACCACCGAUUGGUAUAAUUCAGUCGAAAUUAGAACCACUAUCGGUCUCUUCGACUGAUCGAUUUCACCCCGCUUGCAACUGUGAAGAUAUUCCUCACAUGCCCACGGGAACCAGUUCGGUGACCAGCGGUUCCAAACCCGACACUGCUGAGGCUCUGGAAAUGUGCAAAAUUCCCGGUCGUAAGUCUUCACUGCCCACAGCAGCCGCUGAAGGCGAUCGUACAUGGUCCGACGUGCCAAGUAAACAUGCCCUGGAGAGGCCCCUCAUCACACCGGAUGACCCAACGUUCUGCUCUGCUGCAGUAACGACAACUAAACAGUCCAGCGGGAAGUUAUCUAGUCGUGUUUCUAGUCUAGAUCGGGCCGACGAAGAUGAUGCUGGUCAGGACGCGGAUUGGGACAGUGAAGAGGGAGAGGACGAAGAUGAAGAUGACGCCAAUCCGGUUAACUCUUCCGCAUCGCGAAUGAAUCCACUACAGUUGCUUAAUCGAGCAAUGGAAUUAGGUGCUUGCUCUGCCGUCCGUCAUUAUCGUCGUAGUAUGCUUUCUCAGCCUUCCUUUUCGAGAUCGCGUCACGCGGCAGAGCCAACCAGUGGUUCAAAUGAAGAUCCUCAGUUUGUGCCUGAUGGUUACACAAGGUCGAAAUUACGUCCUAAACUGAAACACGGUUCGUUUGCUGGUCAUCCACAUGCUUUGUUGGAGGAUCGACCUGAUUCCGGCUCAGUCGGACCGCGGCAUAUGUCGUUGCAGCAUAUUGUACGUUCACCAUCCGGUCGUCCAUUACGUGACAGCGCUAUCACUCAAGAAGGUCCGACCCCGGCUUCGACCAUUCCAUCCGUGUUUAAUUCCGAGUCAAAUGUUUCACAAUUGAACCAGUCGAACAUACCGGGUCGGACAUGGCGUAAACGAGCACAAUUAGCUUCUUUGGCUUCCCUUGAUGAUGACGAUGCUGAUGUGGACGAAGCUGUAGUCCAGCACUGCACUCCGCGUACAGAUAGUCGUCGAACCGGGAAUAUCUUGAGAAACAAUGCUGUAUCGCCAGGCCUAAGAUAUCCACGUGAGGCAGCUGAAUCUAGUCCGCCAACAAUAUCUAGCCAUUUGGAUACUAUGUCUGCGACUGCCUCAGCCGCCGCAAGUGGUCGAUAUCAAUCAUUGGAUCCGCCAGCUCCAGCCAAUUCUAAAGUGGGCACAGAACUCACCCAAGUAUCUCAAUCGCUAUCUCCACCUAAUGCCGGGCUUCGACAUGUUUCCGUUCCAGAUUCAUUACUUUCGCGUCAAUCUGAUGACAGCCCCAGCGAAUCAGGUUUUAGUCUUCGUCGCCGACUCUCCGAUCGGGGCCGAACAGCGGGUAACGCUGCCCCAACAUCCGGCGUUGGUGAAGCUGGUGGUGGUAUGGAUGGCGCCGGUGGUAGCCAAAGUCGACGCUCAUCUCAAGAUAAUAUAGAUGCCAUGCACAGUUCCGGACACCAACGUGAAGAAGGCUGUUGGAGCAAGUUUAAGGCUUCCUGUCUAAUCGCGUACAUGUUUAUCAUCAGUUCGGUCGAUUCGCUGAUUCGUUUCCUGAACGGAUUGACUCGUCAAUACCGACGCAUUCGGCACACAAUCGAUCAAGAAAAGCGUUUGGUCAAGCGUCGUGUGAUUGCUAACAUAUCCACCUCACAAGAACAAUCUCGGUAA